GAAAGGGGGGAGGGGUGCGGGCCGGUAUUUUAGAAAAAAGUGCGUUGCCUGCCUGUCAAACUCAAGGCAGCCGGCAGCCUAUAAGAAAACAUCCUAUGAAAAAUGCCCCCCUCCCCCUUGCCUUCUGCAAACAAGGCUGCUGGAAGAUCCAAAGGGUGGGAGCUAGCCGGCCCUUGGAGGCUGUGGCUGCUGGACCUCUUGAUUUCUCUGGGAGAAUGGGAAGCUACUGCCUCCUCUCUUGAUCCAGACAGAUUGUGUGGGGAGAAGACAGUCCUGGAGGCCAUAAGGGGCUUUAUAAGUAACCACCGGGCCCUUGCAUUAAGAUGGAAGCCUAAACAACCAGCACAACUCCCUUAAAAUAGGGGUGGGCCUGCCUGGGGCCAGUCAAUGAAUGAGCAGCUGCCACUUCCAAGUUACCUUCAAGGGCAGCCCCACGGAAAGCAGAUUGCAGUAGCCUAAGAAAAAGAAGGGGCAGGAUUACAGACCACCAUCCUCAGCACUACCUGGUCAAGGGAAGGGUGUAACUGUGGACUGACUACAGGUGGCCAAAGGCUGUGCUGUCCACAUCCUCUCUCUGCUGUUCUCUUUGGAACCGCAAGUCCAGGAGAACUCUCCAGAUUGCACACCUGCUCCUUCAGGAGAAAGGAGGCCUCCAGUGGAGUAAUAGAUGCUUGUCCAAGGCAGAUCAGAGACUGAUAGUAACGCCAUGUUGCUGAGACUCCAACUGCCCCUUUCAGACCCUCACAGUCUCUGGGCACCGGUUAAAAGCCCGACGACAUCUCCUUUACCUGCAUAGAGAUUUAACGUGAAGCUGGAUAGGACCAGCAUAGUGAUGGUGCCUGACCCCAGGAUCACCUGUGACAUCCCUUGAUGGUUGUGGGCAACACAGUUGGUUUGCCCCAGGGCAAACUCUCUCCCCUGACAAGCUUGAUUGGAACUGCCCGCUUAGGAGGGGCCAGAAGCAGGGCAAGCCAACCCACCCCCACCCCAGACCAUGAUAGAUGCUAGGGACAAGUAGGGUGGGUCACCCCACCCAGGUCCUGCUGCAUCCCUCGGGCAAGUGGGUGGCUCUGCCUUGCCCAACAGAGACUGGGCUGAGGCAGGUUGUUAUGGGCACUUCCCAGGGUCUGGCCCCCUUCCACGCGGUAUUCCAUCACCUGAGGAAAAUCAUUGGCCAGUGAAGGACAGAACUUGCCAGAUUUCAUUACCAGACAAAGGAAAAUUAAGCCAUGGAAGUUUGCUGCACCUUCAGGCCUGGAAGGCCACAUACCUCUAAUUCUGCCCAGGCUGGCCCUGUACGCAGGUUCCCUCUCUCACGUUGCAAAUCGGGGCCAGACAGACACUGCAGCCCUCUGCAAAGGGCCUCCAAGCUGUCCUGUAAGCCGACGCUUAUGGCUGCCGCCAUCCGCCAGAGACCGGCAACCAGAAUCUCCCUUUGAAUAGCUAUGUUGCUUGCUAAACACUCCCGUGGUUAUCCCAAGAAACGUUUUGCCUUUUUUGAGUGCUACUAAUGCAAGAGUUGGAUGGUCUGAGUUGUUGGGCGUCCCUGAAUGGAUUCCAGCGAAUUUCCUGCCUCUUUGGGGCCCCUGUCUCUGCACAAUAAGCCCCUGAUUGGGGAUCUCCCUGCGGGCCUGGAGUUCGGAGAGGAUCUGCUGGCCUCCCAAAAAGCCUCCAUCCCACAAGCAGCGACUGUCCAGUCCCAAGAGAUGGAGUGGGAGGUGUCUAAGCAAGCAGCAUCCGACGGUAGUUUGGAGUUUGGCGUGGGGAAAGCCGGUGACCUGUCCACCCUAAGCAAGUCCAAUAGUUUGGCCCUCAGUAAGCCCAGCGCUUUGGAUAUCCUGGAGAAGCCUGGCCUUCUGGACAGCUUGAGCAAAGGAGGGGACCAGGAGGUGGUAGAGAAGUCUGGGGACCCCGAUGGCUUGUUCAAGGCACGUGGCUCUGUGGACCCAGAGAAUGGCACCGAAGCCCCCGCUGUGCCAGGAAUUGAACGCCUGAGUCCCGAAGCUUUGCAGGAGGAGGGGGGGUCCCAAGCAGGCAUGGAGCAGGAGAGCCACGCCAAGCACACAGGCUGUGCUCCAAACAGCUCCGCCAAGGAGAACCCCGAGGUGGUUGAGGUGAGCUGCAUGCCCUCUUCCCAAGAAGCCGCCCCCUCACCCGGCAGCCCCCCAACGAGCCCACGGCUGGCGAAAAAGCCCCGGUUGAAAUCCCCCAAGAAGAGCUCCCUGGAGCACAAGGAGGACGCUCUGGCACCCGCAGAGGAGGAGGAGGAGGAGGAAGAGCCCACUCGGAACAGCGUUCCUGAGCCUGUGCCGCCCCCUCUGGAAGUGGCCGAGGGGAGCCUUGGUGCAGCCAAGAAAGAAAGUGGCCCCAGUGAAGCUGCGAAAGCAGAAGAAGCGGGACCCCCACCCUCCCUUGCAGGGGAAGGUAUUGGUGCGAAGGCAGCUGAGGCCCCCGUGGAAAGGGAACAGAAGAGGAGCGAGCGAGCCAGGAGAGCAGAGGUGUCUCGGCCAGAAACGGUCAACUCUUCAGAGAGCAUCCCCGUCUCUGAUGAGGACUCAGAUGCCAUGGUGGAUGACCCUAACGACGAGGACUUCGUCCCCUUCCGCACCCGCCGCCCCACCCGCCUGUCUCUGCGCAACCAGAUGGCCCAGCGGGCGGCCCGCUCGACCGUCACCAAGAUGACCUGCGCCAACUGCCGCACGCCACUGCAGAAGGGCCAGACAGCCUACCAGCGCAAGGGGCUCCCCCAGCUCUUCUGCUCCAGCUCCUGCCUCACCACCUUCUCCAAGCGGCCCCUCAGCAGGAAGAGCUGCACCUUCUGCAAAAAGGAGAUUUGGAACACCAAGGACUCGGUGGUGGCCCAGAUCGGCUCCGACAGCUCUUUCUACGAGUUCUGCACUUCGGUUUGCCUCUCGCUGUACGAAGCGCAGCAGCAACAGCGUCCGGCUCCGCAGGCGGCUGAAACCUCAGACUCCGUCCGUUGCAGCGUGUGCUACAAGACUGGAGAGAUUCAGCACGAAGUGAGCAAUGGCAGCGUGGUGCACCGAAUCUGCAGCGAUGCCUGCUUCACUAAGUUCCGUGCCACCAAAGGGCUGAAGACCAACUGCUGCGACAGCUGCGGCCUUUACCUGUACAACAAGGGGGUCCCCUUGGAGUAUCUCUUCCACGAGGGGCAGCAGAAGCGCUUCUGCAACCCCGCCUGCCUCAACAGCUACAAAAAGAAACAUACCCGAGUCUACCCGUGUAUGUGGUGCAAGACGCUGUGCAAGAACUUCGACAUGCUCUCCCACAAAGACCGGAACGGCAAGCUGGGUCUCUUCUGCUCUGUCUGCUGCACCACUUCGUACAAGGUCAAGCAAGCCGGACUGACAGGACCCGUCCGGCCCUGCAGCUUUUGCCGGAAGAGCCUGUCUGAGCCUUGCUAUUACAACAAGAACAAGCAGGUGGUGUACCAGUUCUGCAGCCCCAGCUGCUGGACCAAAUUCCAGCGCUCCAGCCCAGAAGGUGGGAUCCACUUGACCUGCCAUUCCUGCCACAACCUCUUCACUGGGAAGCCCGAGAUCCUGGAUUGGCAGGACAAGGUCUACCAGUUCUGCUGCCGGGACUGCUGCGAGGACUUCAAGCGGCUGCGAGGGGUGGUGUCCCAAUGUGAGCACUGCAAGCAGGAGAAGCUGCUGCACGAGAAGAUCCGCUUCUCGGGAGUGGAGAAGAACUUUUGCAGCGAAGGGUGUGUGCUUCUUUACAAACAGGAUUUCACCAAGAACCUGGGCCUCUGCUGCAUCACCUGCACCUAUUGCUCCCAGACCUGCCAGCGAGCUGUCACCGAGCAGCUGGAGGGCAGCACCUGGGACUUCUGCAGCGACGACUGCAAAAGCAAAUACCUGCUCUGGUACUACAAGGCAGCUCGGUGCCAUGCUUGCAAGCGGCAGGGGAAGCUGUUGGAAACGAUUCACUGGCGAGGUCAAAUCAAGCAUUUCUGCAACCAGCAGUGUCUGUUGAGGUUUUACAACCAACAGAAUCAGCCCAACCUGGACACCCAGAAAGGGCCUGAGAGUCUGCUGAACAGUCAAGCCCCAGAACCCAAGCAGCCCUCUGCCGCUGCCCAGAAAGCAGAGCCCAGCACGGAGCCUGCCAAGGCCACCCCCACCUCGCCAGCAUCCGCUCCGGCCCAGACCCCUCAGCCGGUCACCCCCCGGAAGAACAAGGCAGCUAUGUGCAAGCCUCUCAUGCAGAACCGAGGGGUUUCCUGCAAGACGGAGAUGAAGUCCAAGGGCUGCCAGACAGAUGACUGGAAGCCUCAGGUGAUUGUGCUGCCCAUCCCGGUGCCAGUCUUUGUGCCCGUGCCCAUGAACAUGUACUGCCAGAAAGUCCCAGUGCCUUUCUCCAUGCCAGUCCCCGUUCCUGUGCCAAUGUUUCUGCCCACCACCCUGGAGAGCACAGAGAAGAUUGUGGAAACCAUUGAGGAGCUGAAGGUGAAGAUCCCUUCCAACCCCCUGGAAGCCGACAUCCUGGCCAUGGCGGAGAUGAUCGCGGAGGCCGAAGAGCUGGACAAAGCCUCCUCAGACCUCUGUGACCUGGUGAGCAACCAGAGUGCCGAAGGGCUCCUGGAGGACUGCGACCUCUUUGGGCCAGCCAGGGAUGAUGUGCUUGCCAUGGCGGUCAAGAUGGCAAACGUUCUGGAUGAGCCGGGGCAGGACCUGGAGGCUGACUUCCCUAAAAACCCCUUGGACAUCAAUCCCAGCGUGGACUUCCUCUUCGACUGCAGCCUGGUCGCCCCCGAGGACGUCGCUGCAGACCCAGACUUGCCUCGCUCGAUUCGCAAGGGCCAGAAACGCCUGGUGCUGUCGGAGAGCUGCUCCAGGGACUCAGUAAGCAGCCAGCCCAGCGGCUCAGCCCUCAACUCCUCCUAUGGGGUGAACGCCUGGAAGAGCUGGGUGCAGGCCAAGUACGUGGGUGCCGAAACCAGCAAGGGCGAUGAGCUGCGCUUUGGCCCCAAGCCCAUGCGGAUCAAGGAGGACAUCCUGGCCUGCACGGCGGCCGAGCUGAACUACGGCCUGGCCCAGUUCGUCAAGGAGAUCACCCGGCCCAACGGGGAGCGCUACGAGCCAGACAGCAUCUAUUAUCUGUGCCUGGGAAUCCAGCAGUACCUGUUGGAGAACAACCGCAUGGUCAACAUCUUCACCGACCUCUAUUACCUGACUUUUGUGCAAGAGCUCAACAAGUUGCUGAGUGGCUGGCAGCCCUCGGUCCUGCCCAACAGCACGGUCUUCUCCCGCGUGGAAGAGGAGCACCUCUGGGAUUGCAAGCAGCUGGGCGUCUACUCCCCGUUUGUGCUGCUCAACACCCUGAUGUUCUUCAACACCAAGUACUUCGGGCUGCAGACGGCUGAGGAGCACAUGCAGCUGUCCUUCACCAACGUGGUGCGGCAGUCACGCAAGUGCACCACACCGCGGGGCUCGGCCAAAGUCGUGAGCAUCCGCUACUACGCGCCCGUGCGGCACCGGAAAGGCCGAGAGAGCAGCCUAGGCAAGCGGAGGAGAGAGGAGGAGGUGCCGGUCUUGGAGCAGCGGGAGAACCGCCUGAACCCCUUGCGCUGCCCGGUCAAGUUCUAUGAAUUCUAUCUCUCCAAAUGCCCCGAGAGCCUCCGCAGCCGCAACGACGUCUUCUACCUGCAGCCGGAGCGCUCCUGCAUCGCAGAGUCCCCGCUGUGGUAUUCUGUCAUCCCCAUGGAUAAGAGCAUGCUGGAGAGCAUGCUGAAUCGCAUCCUGGCCGUGCGUGAGAUCUACGAGGAGCACAGCCGCGGGGCAGGAGGCCUGGAUGAUGACAUGGACUGACCUGGGCUGCCCUCACUGUGAGAGAAGGCUCAGCCCAAAACUGUAAAGGAGCCUAACUCUUCCUUCAAGCGACGACGUCUCCUUGCUGGCGCUUUGCUCUUCCUCAGAGGAACCCUGACACAGACGUCACUGAACCAGUCACUGAGGUUCUCCUCUUCCAGGAAGAUCCUGACGCUGGAGGAAUCGGUGAGUUUCUCUCCAUCCGCUCUUCCACUGACUUUGCACCAGGGGUGAAAAGCUCCCGGUUUGGACUGGAUUGCCCGAUCCGGCAGCGAUUGUGGCGGGUGGUUUGGAGAACCGGUAGCAAAAAUCCCUGCCCCACCCCAUGCCCAGCUGAGCCGCGUGAUCAUCAGAGGUUUUUUUUUAACUUUUAAAAGCAUUUUUUCUUCGGCCAAAAAAAUGCUUUUAAAAGUAAAAAAAAAAGUUGGCCGCACCCACCCAGUCACAUUACGCCCCCCCACCAAGCCACACGCACAGAACCAGUAGUAAUAAAUUUUACAUUUCACCACUGCUUUGCACACUCAGCCUGGAUGUUGUAAACCACCCAGAGUCACCUUUGUUGAAGCUGGCAGUUUAUAAACACCAUCAAUCAAUCACUUUUUCCCACUCAAUUAUUGAGUCUGUCAUCUGCACCUCUAUAACUGUCUGGCUUGGUUCUGCAACUCAACAAGACUGACACAGACUUCAGAGGAUAAUUAGAACUGCAGAGAAAACAAUGGCUACCAACCUGCCUUCCAUUGAGGACCUGUAUACUGCACCAGUCAAAAAGAGGGCUGUGAAAAUAUACAGAUCCCUCACAUCCUGGACAUAAACUGUUUCAACUCCUACCCUCAAAACCAUACUACAGAGCACUGCACACCAGAACAACUAGACACAAGAACAGUUUCUUCCUGAAUGCCAUCACUCUGCUGAACAAAUAAUUCAAUACUGUCAAACUAUUCACUAAGUCUGCACUAUUAAUCUUCUCAUUGUUCCCACCACUCAUCUCCUUCCACUUAUGACAGUAUGACUGUAAGUGUUACUUGUAUCCUUACGAUUUAUAUUGAUAUUGUUUCCUGAUUGCUUAUUUGUACCCUAUGACUAUCAUUAAGUGUUGUAAGUGUUGUACCUUGAUGAAGGUAUCUUUUCUUUUAUGUAUACUGAGAGCAUAUGCACCAAGACAAAUUCCUUGUGUGUCCAAUCACACUUGGCCAAUAAAAAAUUCUAUUCUA